UUGGUGAACAGGCAUAAGAGGAGGACACACUAAACUGUCCCAAUCAGCUGUGAACAAGAGAGACACAAACGGAGAGGAGAGAAGGUUGAGUAGCAGAGAUUGACAUUCAUUAACCUCUGGAUGUGCAUCAAAGUAUUUUCACUUCAAAUCAUAGAGGACGUGAGCUUGUAGAAAAUGUUUAGAUUCAUGAACAAACCUAUCCAGGACUUUCUGGCGCAGCGAAGAAGUCGCAGGACCAGACUAGUGACCAAAGAUGGUCGCUGCAACAUUGAAUACGGAAACUUUAAGUACAGCAAGCACUUUGCAUUCUUGGCUGACUUCUGGACCACCUUUGUGGAGAUCCGGUGGCGUUUUGUCCUCUUCCUCUUCAUUGCCUCUUUCACCCUUAGCUGGUUCAUUUUUGGCCUGCUGUGGUACUGGAUUUCCCGCAAUAAUGGAGACCUGCCGUGGCAAAACCCCCCACCAGGCCACAUUCCAUGUGUUGACAAUGUUGUAGGACUCACCACAGCGUUCCUCUUCUCCCUUGAAACCCAGACAACUAUUGGGUAUGGUGGCCGAGUGCUCACCCCUCUCUGCCCAGGUGCUGUGGCCCUUCUCAUUAUCCAGUCCCUCCUCGGAGCCAUUAUCAACUGCUUCAUGUGUGGAGUCAUCCUGUCCAAAAUCUCUUCACCCAAAAAGAGGGCUAAGACCAUCACAUUUAGUGACAUGGCUGUCAUCAGCCCCAAACAUGGUUCUCUUUGCCUGUCAAUCAGAGUGGCCAACCUGCGCAAGACCCUGAUGAUUGGAAGCCAGAUCUAUGGCAAGCUGCUGAGGACAACAAUCACAUCAGAUGGAGAGGCGAUCAUCAUGGACCAGGUGAACAUUGACUUCAUGAUGGACGCCGGGAAGGACAACCUCUUCUUUGUAUGUCCUCUCACGCUCUACCACAUCAUCGACAAGAGCAGCCCCUUCUUUGAGAUGGCAGUGGACACGCUCCACAAACAAGAGUUUGAGCUGGUCGUCUUCCUAGACGGCACAGCAGAGUCCACCAGCUCUUCCUGCCAAGUCCGGACCUCUUUUAUUCCUCAGGAGAUCAUGUGGGGCUACAACUUCUUGCCCAUCAUCUCCAGAAGCAAAGAGGGCAAGUACAGAGUAGAUUUCUCCAACUUCUCCAAGGUGGUGCCAGUGGCCACUGCACACUGUGCCUACUGUUACCACAACAUCAAGGGUCAUCAUCACCACUCCAGAGAUGGACAUGACAACCAGGGCUUUGAGGUGAUUGAAAUGAAUGAUUCCCCAAUAUCAUCAAGAUGUGAGAUGAUGAAUACAUUACAAUGAACAUUAGAAACUGAGACUGUUAUAGGCUAUACCUCUCAUCGAUGAAUUCCUCAAGACUCUGUAAGACAAAUAAGUGCUGGAGGCAGGUGGGGUUACCUAAAUGCAUUUUUAGCAUUUAAAUAUAGAGUUAAGAAAACCCACUUAUUUGUUAUUCUAUUGUGUUUGACAGAUAUGAAAGCCGUCUGCGGGUCAGGACAGUUUUUGUGAACUAUUUGUAUGUAAAACCACACCUGUUACUGUUACCAAAAACCUGUUUUCAAAAGGGAGGCCAAUUCAUGCAAGGUGGUGACGCUACAAUUCAAGAACAGAAAAAGAAAGUUUUCCCAAUUACUCACACAGGGAUUAUACAUAUGAGCUCUUGAUUUAAAAUAAAUGAGUGGUUCUAAUUUACCUCUGGCCUUGCACAUCGGGUUUAAUGAGUAUGGAGAGGCAGGGGGAAAAAAAGCAAAUGUAUUAUACUGUGUGUAAAUCUUACACAUAUUACUUGAAGGGCCAUGCUAAUGUCAUGGGUGAGAAAAAUAGAAAAAGUGGCUGUUCAAUAAUUCAUGCUUCUGUAGGCUGCUGUAAACAGACACUUGAACCAUUAGAGUAUGCUUAACUAUUCAGACACUGAGGCACUAGCAAAGUGUUGGGCUCUUUUCAAACAGUGGUGAAUGUAGUUGUGGUUUUCUUCUUGAGACAUUGUGAGAGAACAAAGCUCCCAGGAAACACUUCAAAUAUGGCUGCAUACAGCACUGACUGUGGUAUGAAAAUCAAUUCUGUUUGUAAAGUAUUUUUUAUAUUUGAUCUCAGGGGAAAAAUACACUGAACUAAAGGCUAUUUUUGCAUUCAAAAAUUUUCUGUGCUGUAUUAUUCUCUGUCUAACUGAGCCGGAACAUCAUAUAAGGACUGUGAUCAAAAAGGUCAAAGCAACGUAAUGACAGGUGCCAACCCCUAUCACGGCUUUUCAUCUGUAAACAAAGUGAAGUUGUGACAGCAAACAGGGAUCCAAACACAACACAGUGGAAGUUUUUGGGAGAUAAGAGAUGUUGCUUACUGCCCAUUAUUUUGCCUGCAGUUUCUGAACAUGAAACCAGAACUCUCCGUUUAGAGAAAUAACAGCACAUGCUGUAUGCUAGCAUGAAGCUUUAACAGGUUUUAUUAAGGCGGACCUCCCACUAUGACCUCUCUAAUAAACUGCAUAUGCCUAGAGUCUUAUGUGUGUGUCUGCACCAGGGAUGUUGCUGUAGCAAGUGACAGAGUAAUAAGCAGGGCUAGGGUAAAAUAUUUUGAAUAUUAUUGACAAAGUGUGAAAUUACUGAGCAGCAUAAAAAUGACACAUGCUUCACAAGCAUAUUUCAAUAAAACACAAGUCCACA